UUCUGUUGGAGGAUACUUGGCACAUUUAUGGCGAUUCUGAGCGUCAGGGCAGACUUCUGCCAGGCCCAGCACAGCGCCCUGCCUGCCAAGUGAGCUCAGGGGGCUCCCCACGCGUGUGUGAGUGCCAGAAUUCCCUUUUUUUUUUUUAUUUUAUUUUUUUUUUUUUUAUUUUUUUUUAUUUUUUUUUUUGGGCCUCCGAGACUCCGGCAGCGCAGCGGGACACGGCUCAGAUUUAUGGGAUAUCUCCUGGCCCUUGGGAGCACAUUCCUGGCACUGACUCUGCCUCAGCUCAAGUGGAGACACAACCCUGCCCUCACCUCCGCAGUGCCUCGAUGCAGAAUCGCCCAGCCUGGCGUGCAGUGGGGAUUUUGGGAAUCUGAAGGAUACAACCCCGCCAGGAAUUGAGGAUUUGGAAGCAAAGCUGCUUUUUCUAGGAGCAAAAUCCCCGAGGAACAAACCCAUCAAAGCAAGCUCUGAUCAAUCCCAGGCAUAUUAGUGAUCUUUUUGAUGUUUUCUGCUGUGAAAAGUUUCCAAGGUCAUUGAUUUUUUUUUUUUUUUGGUUUAUUUCCCCCCUUUAUUUCUCUUCUUUUGGGUUUUUUUGAUUUUUUUUCUUUUUUUUGGCCCCUCACACAUUUUCUUUGCCAUUAUGAACCGUCCAGCCCCUGUGGAAAUUACUUAUGAGAAUCUGCGUUUCCUGAUCACUCACAACCCAACCAAUGCAACCCUCAGCAAGUUCAUCGAGGAGCUGAAGAAAUACGGGGUGACGACCUUGGUGCGAGUUUGUGAUGCCACUUAUGAUCAAGCUCCAAUCGAGAAAGAAGGAAUCCAAGUUCUAGACUGGCCCUUUGAUGACGGAGCUCCACCCCCGAGUCAGAUCGUGGAGGAUUGGCUGAACCUGUUGAAAAGCAAAUUUCGGGAGGAGCCGGGCUGCUGCGUGGCUGUUCACUGCGUGGCAGGGCUGGGCAGGGCUCCCGUUCUGGUCGCGCUUGCUCUCAUUGAAUGUGGGAUGAAGUAUGAGGAUGCAGUUCAGUUCAUAAGGCAGAAAAGGAGGGGAGCUUUCAAUUCCAAACAGCUGCUUUACCUGGAGAAAUACCGGCCCAAGAUGAGAUUACGCUUCAAAGAUGCCAACGGGCACUGCUGUGUUCAAUAAAUAAACCCAAAAAAAAAAAACACCCCAAAAAUUGGAUCUCAAAAGGAAGGCAGAAGUGAGCGAGGGGGGAUCUUCUCUGGACUCUUGGCACCUGGAAAUGUGAAUCUGGAAUCAAAACAAAAAAAAAAAAUUAAAAAAUUAAAUUAGUGGUGGAGUCAGCGCUCCGCAACCUCUGUCCUUAACAAAAAAAAAAAAAUUAAAAAAUUAAAUUAGUGGUGGAGUCAGCGCUCCGCAACCUCUGUCCUUAACAAAAAAAAAAAUUAAAAAAUUAAAAAAUUAAAUUAGUGGUGGAGUCAGCGCUCCGCAACCUCUGUCCUUAACAAAAAAAAAAAUUAAAAAAUUAAAAAAUUAAAUUAGUGGUGGAGUCAGCGCUCCGCAACCUCUGUCCUUAACAACAAAAAAAAUUAAAAAAUUAAAAAAUUAAAUUAGUGGUGGAGUCAGCGCUCCGCAACCUCUGUCCUUAACAAAAAAAAAAAAAUUAAAAAAUUAAAUUAGUGGUGGAGUCAGCGCUCCGCAACCACUGUCCUUAACAAAAAAAAAAAUUAAAAAAUUAAAAAAUUAAAUUAGUGGUGGAGUCAGCGCUCCGCAACCUCUGUCCUUAACAAAAAAAAAAAAAUUAAAAAAAAGGGUGAUGACUGAGGAAAAAAAACCAAAUUAGAAAAAGAUAUAAUAAUAAUAAUAAUAAUAAAAAAAGCCAAUUAAGAGAAACAUUUCAGUGAAGGAUUGUUUUCUCCUUAAGCUGCAGCCUGCAAGGAGAAAAGCAGGGUUCUGAACCUUCUGUAUUUUUAACUUUUUAAGAAAAGAAAUAAAGUCAACUUUAUGUCUAAAGCAGCAGAGCGUUGCCUUGUGCAGAAAGGUGAGAAAAGCCAGGAAUGUGAAUUCCUGAGAUGCCAAUUCCUGUUUAAACUCUUUGAAAAAAAAAAGGAGAUUUUAUUUUAUUUUAUUUUAUUUUUUUUUAAAUUUGUUUUUUUAAACCCAGGGACACGAGGAGGAGCUGCCUGGGGACAGCCUGACAGCCUUAAACCCCUUUUUUUUGGGCACAUCCCAGAGUUUUUGGGGAUGUUUUCCAUGGAAUUCUGCCUCCUCACUGCCCAAACCCUGCGCUGGAUCUGUUUUUUGGGAGCGUGUGUGUGAUCAAUCAAUUCUUUGGGUAAAAAUCAAUCUGAUUUUUUACCCAAAGAAUUCGGCUGAAAUGUGAAUUUUAGCCAGAAAUCCCAUCCUGGCACCCAAGACUGAUGUUCCAAAGUGUCCUGGGUGAUUCAGACAAGGAUUUCAAAUUCAUUUCUCUGUCAGAAAGAUGGAAUUUUUUUUAUUUGGAUUUUUUUAUUUGAAUUUUUUUUUUUUUAUUUGAAUUUUUUUUAAUUUUUUUUUUGCUGCUGUCCACAUUCCCAGCCUUGCUGAGGCAGGAAAUUGGGAUUUUGAGGGAGGGCCUCACUUGCUGUGAGGGGGAAUUUUCUCUGAUUGCUCCUUCUUUUUUUAUCAGGCUUUUUUGGGAGGAGAAUCCCAAAUUCCACCCCAAAAUCCCAGCACCCUUCAUCAGCAAACCCUAAAAAUUCGGAUUUUUUGGGGCUGCAGGGGAACAAAUGAAGGGAUUUUAGGAGCAAUUUUGGCCAGGCUGCUCCUCCCAGCCCCAUUUUUGAUUUUGGCUGCCCCAGGGGUUACUUGAGCAACUUUUCCUGGAUAUUUUCCCAUAAUAUCCAGAUUUUUUUCCACAAUCCCCAGUUUUGGAAAGGUUUGGGUCCAUUUGCUGAGGCAGGAAAUUGGGAUUUUGAGGGAGGGCCUCACUUGCUGUGAGGGGGAAUUUUCUCUGAUUGCCUUCUUCUGUUUUUAUUGGGUUUUUUUGGGAGGGAGAAUCCCAAAUUCCACCCCAAAAUCCCAGCACCCUUCAUCAGCAAACCCUAAAAAUUCAGAUUUUUGGAGAUCUUUUUGUGGGGCUGCCAGGGAAUGAAUUGAAGGAUUUUAGAAGCAAUUUUGACCAGGGUGCUCCUCCCAGCCCCAUUUUUGAUUUUGGCUGCCCCAGGGUUUACUUGAGCACCUUUUCCUGGAUAUUUUCCCAUAAUAUCCAGAUUUUUUUCCACAAUCCCCAAUUUUGGAAAGGUUUGGGUCCAUUUGCUGAGGCAGGAAAUUGGGAUUUUGAGGGAGGGCCUCACUUGCUGUGAGGGGGAAUUUUCUCUGAUUGCUCCUUCUUUUUUUAUCAGGCUUUUUUGGGAGGAGAAUCCCAAAUUCCACCCCAAAAUCCCAGCACCCUUCAUCAGCAAACCCUAAAAAUUCGGAUUUUUUGGGGCUGCAGGGGAACAAAUGAAGGGAUUUUAGGAGCAAUUUUGGCCAGGCUGCUCCUCCCAGCCCCAUUUUUGAUUUUGGCUGCCCCAGGGGUUACUUGAGCACCUUUUCCUGGAUAUUUUCCCAUAAUAUCCAGAUUUUUUUCCACAAUCCCCAGUUUUGGAAAGGUUUGGGUCCAUUUGCUGAGGCAGGAAAUUGGGAUUUUGAGGGAGGGCCUCACUUGCUGUGAGGGGGAAUUUUCUCUGAUUGCCUUCUUCUGUUUUUUAUUGGGGUUUUUUGGGAGGGAGAAUCCCAAAUUCCACCCCAAAAUCCCGGCACCCUUCAUCAGCAAACCCUAAAAAUUCAGAUUUUUGGAGAUCUUUUUGUGGGGCUGCCAGGGAAUGAAUUGAAGGAUUUUGGCCAGGCUGUUCCUCCCAGCCCCAUUUUUGAUUUUGGCUGCCCCAGGGGUUACUUGAGCACCUUUUCCUGGAUAUUUUCCCAUAAUAUCCAGAUUUUUUUCCACAAUCCCCAGUUUUGGAAAGGUUUGGGUCCAUUUGCUGAGGCAGGAAAUUGGGAUUUUGAGGGAGGGCCUCACUUGCUGUGAGGGGGAAUUUUCUCUGAUUGCUCCUUCUUUUUUUAUCAGGCUUUUUUGGGAGGAGAAUCCCAAAUUCCACCCCAAAAUCCCGGCACCCUUCAUCAGCAAACCCUAAAAAUUCGGAUUUUUUGGGGCUGCAGGGGAACAAAUGAAGGGAUUUUAGGAGCAAUUUUGGCCAGGCUGCUCCUCCCAGCCCCAUUUUUGAUUUUGGCUGCCCCAGGGAUGAUCCUGCACCUUCUCCUGGGUAAUCUCCCAUAAUAUCCAGAUUUUUUUUUUCUCUAAUAUCCAUAUUUUUCCCAUAACACCCAGCCUUGGGAGGGUUUGGAUCCAGGUUUAGGGCCCUGUUCCCUCAGGAUCUUUGGAAAUUUUGGUUGUUGGGGCUGUGCCUGCAGCUGAGGCCUCUCCCCAUCCCUUCCCAGCAUUUCUCCCUUUCCCAAACUCCAUUCCAAGGCUGGGAAUGGAUUUUAGGAAUUCCAACCCUUGGCAGAGAUUUCAUAAAUACAACCAGAAAAUAUCAAUGCUUGUCACAGCCCCUCAGGUGAGCUCCCAGGUGUGCUGAAUUCCCUCCUCCCUGUGGAAUAUUCCGAGUUUUUCCAUGGAUCAAGGAGACCUGGACGUGUUUUUUGGGGUGGGGAAGCGGGAGGGAAAUGGUGCUGAAAUCACAAUUCUGCCUUUUGCCUUCCCCUCCCACCCGUUUUUAUUAUAAAUAAUUAUAAUAAAAAUUAUAUAAUUAUAAUAAAAAAUUAUAAUAAAAACCCCCCGUUUUUAUUAGUGAAUAAAACCGGGCCUUUCUGCGAAGAAAAAUGGAAUUUUUUAGCCAAAGGAAUCCUGCUUUUCGAUUUGGUAAAUUCUGCAAGUGGGCUUCGAGGCGGAGGGGGCUGAACCCGGAUGAAAAACCCCAACUCCUCCCGAGGGGCAACAAACCGAAUUUUAAACGCUCCCAUUGUACAACUCCCCAUUCUCCCCUCAUUCCCCCGUUGGUUUUUCAUGUCCUAAUUAUCAUAUCCAGCCUUAAUUAGAGGGGGGAAAUGCAGAUUGUGCCACAGGCGCAGCUCCUGGCUCAGCACGUGAACGUGGUGCAAUAAAGUUCUUGCAGUAAAAUCUC